AAGGAACGCGCACGUCGCGUCAUGACGUCAGAGCACGUAGUGCCAAGCCCAUAGCAGCGGCGGAGAGUCGCGGAGCUAUUGCCAUCAUCAUAAUCAUCAUCUGAGUCGGCGGUUGGUGAGCGGAGCCAUGAUCUACUUACCGCUUGUGCUAUGCCUGCUGUGCUCGGGCUGGGGCGCCUCUUUCUAUCUCCCCGGCCUGGCUCCUGUCAGCUUCUGUGAGAAGGGGAGUGAGAAGGAGAACUGCAAGUCAGAAAUUCAACUUUUCGUAAACAGACUGGACUCUGUAGAAUCAGUUCUGCCAUAUGAUUAUGACAGCUUUGACUUCUGCAAGGAUAAAAAUGAGAAACAUCCUUCUGAAAACCUUGGACAAGUCCUUUUUGGAGAAAGAAUUGCAUCAUCACCAUAUAUAUUUCACUUUAAUAAGAAUGAAAGCUGUGCGCUGGUUUGUAAAACUGAAUACGAUGCAAACCUAAAAGCUUCUGACCUUGACUUCAUUAAAAAGGGCAUCCAGUUUAACUAUCAGCAUCACUGGAUUAUUGAUAAUAUGCCAGUGACUUGGUGUUAUGAUGUGGAGGAUGGUCAGAAAUUCUGCAGUCCCGGGUUCCCUAUUGGGUGUGCUAUUACUUCAGAUGGCAGAGUGAAGGAUGCCUGUGUGAUCAAUACUGAGUUUAACAAGAAAGACACCUUUUACCUCUUCAAUCAUGUUGAUAUAACCAUCACCUAUCACAGUGGCAAAGAUGAGAACUGGGACGGAGGUAGACUGGUUGCUGCAAGGCUUGAACCAAAAAGUUAUAAACAAUCUAAUGUAAAGGAAUUAAAAUGUGAAGGUCACCCAAUGGAAAUACCCAAAGACUUAACUAGUCAUCUGGAUGUUAUCUACACAUACUCCGUGACUUUUAAAGAAAAUAAUACCAUUAAAUGGGCAUCUCGUUGGGAUUAUAUACUGGAGUCCAUGCCACACACAAAUAUUCAGUGGUUCAGUAUAAUGAACUCCCUGGUUAUUGUCCUUUUCCUAUCCGGGAUGGUAGCUAUGAUCAUGCUCCGCACGCUUCACAAAGACAUAGCCAGAUACAACCAGAUAGAUUCUUCUGAAGAUGCACAGGAGGAAUUUGGUUGGAAGCUAGUGCACGGCGAUAUAUUCAGACCUCCCAAGAAGGGAAUGCUUCUCUCUGUAUUUCUGGGACAAGGAACACAAAUUUUUAUCAUGACCUUUAUUACUCUGUUCUUAGCAUGCCUUGGAUUCUUAUCACCUGCUAACCGAGGAGCAUUGAUGACCUGUGCAGUUGUAUUGUGGGUCUUGCUGGGAACUCCGGCUGGCUAUGUAUCUGCUCGGAUGUACAAGACUUUUGGAGGCGAGAGAUGGAAAUCAAAUGUGUUAUUGACAGCCCUAUUGUGUCCAGGAAUUAUUUUUGCUGAUUUCUUCAUUAUGAAUGUUAUUUUGUGGGUUAAACACUCUUCAGCUGCAAUCCCCUUUGGAACACUAGUAGCUGUCCUAGCAAUGUGGUUUGGAAUUUCUGUUCCCCUGACAUUCCUAGGAGCAUACUUUGGAUUUAAAGAUAGACCUAUUGAACAUCCAGUCCGCACAAAUCAAAUACCACGGCAGAUUCCCACACAGUCCUUCUUCACAAAACCAUUUCCAGGCAUAGUUAUGGGAGGUAUUCUGCCGUUUGGGUGCAUUUUUAUUCAGCUGUUUUUCAUUCUGAAUAGUAUUUGGUCCCAUCAAAUGUACUAUAUGUUUGGUUUCCUGUUUCUGGUGUUCAUAAUUCUGCUGAUAACUUGUUCAGAAGCUACCAUCUUGCUGUGCUACUUCCAUCUAUGUGCAGAGGAUUACCAUUGGUGGUGGAGGUCCUUCUUAACAAGCGGAUUCACUGCUGUGUACCUUUUUAUCUAUGCUAUUCAUUAUUUCUUCUCCAAGCUCCAAAUCACAGGAACUGCAAGCACCAUUUUAUACUUUGGGUACACGAUGAUCAUGGUCUUAAUUUUUUUCCUGUUUACAGGUACCAUUGGAUUCUUCGCAUGUUACUGGUUUGUCAGGAAGAUUUACAGUGUUGUAAAGGUGGAUUAACCAAGAUGGCAGCAGUGGUUUAGGUGCUUACCACAGCAAAUGCCUAGGGAUAUGAAGAUGCUACCUUGUACAGAUUUGAAAUGGAUGUUGGGAUGGCCAUACGGUGGUGACUUUCUCCAGAGACUUAGCACCUUGGGAAAAUGUGUUUACAGCAUUCCAUCAAGUUCUUUUUAUUUUCAAAUACCUGUUUGUAAACUAUUGUAAAUACUCAAGUGUAUGUUUCAGGAUGAUGUUGAGCAGUUUUCAUUUGGCAAUAUCCUGGGUACACUUUUUACUUUAUCCAUGACCAGUGAUCAUGAUGUUUGACACCCCAUAAUGCUUUAAGGCAGAGUACAUUAUUGCUACUGUGCCUUCCAAAUAAUAUUCAUGAGAGGUUUACUUGUACAAAUGUCCAGCUAUCCAUCCAUCCAUCCAUCCAUCCAUCCAUCCAUCCAUCCAUCCAUACUAUGUUCUGUCACUCACCCAU